GCGUCGGGCGCUCAUAGCGCCAGCCAACGGGGAGAGGGAACGUAGCGUAGCAGAUGAGAAACAGUGCCAGCUUCAGCCCCAAUGAAGCAGUCAAACGAAAGCAGUCAAUACCGUUUGCGACAUAGGAGACGGAUCGAUUGCGCAACAUAAUACAGAAGAUUGCUUUAGUGCGAGUCAGCAAAUAGAAAAAACAAACCUAUACCAAUAGGAGGAAGUUAGUUAGCCGACUGGCUAGCUUAUUAGCAAAGUAGCGGACAUAAAACGAAUCCCGAGAGGACAAUUUCAUCCACCGCCUGCUGAUCGUCACUACUGCUGAUCUGAGCAAGAUCGGGUUUCCCCUUCGAGUGCGAAGGGGUAUACUAUGGAAACUGCCUUCUAUCAUGAUGAUGUGUUGAAUACUACUGGCGGAAUCACGAGUGUACUCUCUUACUACAACAUGAUGAAGAAAGACAUGAACCUAAACCUGAGUGACCCUAACUCCGGCCUGAAGUCACCUCUUCGGGAAGCCGAUGGCAUCCUCAGCUCCACGGACCUCGGGCUCCUGAAACUGGCGUCCCCUGAGCUGGAGCGACUUAUCAUUCAGUCAAACGGCAUGGUCACGACCACACCGACCUCUCAGUUUCUGUUCCAGAAGUCCUUGAGUGACGAGCAGGAGUUCGCCGAGGGCUUCGUCAGGGCUCUGGAGGACCUGCAUAAACAGAACCAGCUGAAUGCGGGAGUGAGUGUGCCAACGAGCAGCCUUGGACUGACCAGCAACACCGCCUCCGUCACCAUCCAUCAACCCGAUCUACCCGUUUACACGAACCUGAACAGUUACGGUAACGCUCCGCUGGGGACCACCGUCAAUUACUCCACGGACACUGUCCCUUUUCCACCACCAGCGCCGCCGUCGCAUCAGCCGCACGCCCAUGCACAGCUACCGUCCUUGAAGGACGAGCCGCAGAUUGUGCCGGACGUGCAGAGCUUUGGGGACAGUCCGCCUCUGUCGCCCAUCAACAUGGACACGCAGGAGCGCAUAAAGGCGGAGAGGAAAAAGCUCCGCAACAGGAUUGCCGCAUCCAAGUGCAGAAAGCGGAAAUUGGAAAGAAUUUCCCGACUGGAAGAUAAAGUGAAAAGCCUGAAAACGCAGAACACUGACCUGGCAUCCACGGCCAGUCUCCUUAGGGAGCAAGUGGCCCAGCUGAAACAGAAGGUCUUGAAUCACGUUAACAGUGGGUGCCAGUUACUUCCGAACCAGAUACAGGCGUAUUAGGAGGGGAGGCGACGGCUUUCGGUCCAUAUAAGCUUUCAGACGUUUUACUGGUUGACUCCUUGCCGUGGACUAUGACUUUUGAAGACACUAUGGAGUCACGCAGUUGUAUGUUAACGAGGAUAUGUUUACAAAUUGUUUUAUAUCUGUAAAAAACUCACGUUCAUUCUCAGAAUUAAGCAAGAGCAAGUCAUCUUUUUAACAUUGUCAUCAGCCUUACUGAAUUACUAAACUAACGGGAUUGGGGGGGAGGGGUGGGGGGUGCAUGUUUGAGACAAACUCGAUGAAUACUGUCAAACUGCAGGGUUAUCAUUGAGUGCAUGCCGUUAUUGUUUAUUAUGCCUUAAAUGUUUACAAGCACUUAUGAACAGAUGACAAAUGUAUAUUUUAUAUAUAAAAUGACCUGCGGUGUCUUAUUUUAAUAUUUUAACUUUAAAUGUGAAGCUGUUGUGUGUUUGUUACAAGCUUUUAUUUGCUAAGUUUAUUCAUGUGCUGUGUGUUGUCCUUCACAUUCCUGGUCUACAUUUCUACUUGGUUAUCGUGUCCUAAAGUGUUCUCAAAUAAAAUUUGCUAAAUAAUUUCA